AAAGUAAAGUAAUUCACGAUUUUUUAACGUAACCUUUUUUCACAAGCGGAUAUUUUGCAAACUACUUUACUUUCAAGUUUGAAAUCAGUUACAAACCUAACCGUCAUUUUAUAGUGCAGGUACUGGAUUCCACCAUCGUCGGUUUUCCUCGACAGUUUUCACUUCUUUUACACGCGGCCGUAUUUUUGCACUCACGUGAUAGAUAUAUCCGAUCUACGCGUCAUGUUCGUGCAACACACGAUCGACGGAUGCGCUUGGAAAAGACACACUUUUUAAUGAGAAACACACGCCAUUAUAUAUAUAUGUCUCCGUCUUUUGCAAGUCACAAUAUAUAUCGCGUUUGAAUCUCGAAUCGAAGUAUCGAAUAUGUGUCGCAUACUUCACGAUGCAUUGAAUCUUUACAGUUGCACCACUUGCACUUCUCGUAUUUAAAAUUCUUACGUCAUUUAAAAUGAAAUGGAUAUUAUCGAGUGGAAAGGGGAAAGAUUUAAUUAUUUAAAAUUAUUACAUUAUUUAAAAUGAAAUGGAUAUCGCAUGGAAAAGAGAAAAAAUAGAAGCUGGUGGAAGAUAGAACGAUAGCCAACACGAAAAAUUCAUGUGACACGAAUAAACCUGUUGCAUAUUGCAAUGUCAAGUGGUGGCGUUUCGAGUGGUGGAUGUUUUUCGCUUUUUUAAAUAAGCAAAUGCAUUUGCAAAAUUAACAGCAGUCUGUUAUAUAAAAUUCCUAUCUUCCUAUCGAUAAAAUCUGCUAUCUUCAUGCAAGAAACGGUAUGACAAACAAAAGCAGGUUAUUGAAAAAUCGCUUGUUUGUUUACCAGUGAAGAUAAAUUCUCUGUAAGUUACAUUAUAAUCAUCGCGAUUCGAUUUUUCGCAAUUGUCACUUUAUCUAUCGCGAGAUAAUAAACGAUAACUCUAUACAUUCGACUUUCUUCUUCCUUUUCCAAAGUGAACGUACGAUAAAUACAAUUAUAUACCAGAAGCUCGCGAGAUGAAUUCUCGUCAGAAUUUUCCCACGAAAUAAGUUACGGGACUCAAUUACCUGAUUACACGCUCAGAACAUAAUUGCGAAGUGACGAGUUGAAUUUACCGUCGCAAAUUCGCUCGCUAUAGCAUUUAUCAUCGCGUCCUUCUUCCCCGAGCAUCGUAAGCGCCGAGGAGCGAUUGAGAAGCGCUGCGCCAUAUGAGCGCGCCGAGCGAGGAUGGUGCUCGUGUUGCACGAGCGUAUACACGUAUACACACAGCUCCGGGAAAACGCGACGGGGUGCCGCGCCGCAAGGAGAGCGCGGAGAGCGGGGAGUGUGCGUGGUGCACGUCUAUCAUGGCCGACGCGCUCGGCGCGAGCGUAGUUACGGUCGCAUCGUGUCGGCGGACGGUGGUGUCGGUGCGCGGCGGCGGCAGCGCGUUGUCAUCGACUGAGAGACGGCGGCGGUGAAGCCGUCCUGCGACAUGGAUCGCGACUACGGUAAUGGAUCGCAGGCAAGCGGGUGUCGACGGGAGAAACGUUACUAGCGAGCUCGCGUCGACCGUCGGCGUACCGACGACGAGGUGGAGAAGGCGGAGGACGAGGAGAAGCAAGAGGACUUAUGCGACGAGAGGCCCGCGACGACGAUGGAGACGCGGCACCUGCGCAGGGCCCAACGCAACCUGCGCAAGGUCUGGAUAUGCGCGUUCCUGGUGCUCACCGGGAUCGUCUACGUGGGCUACUUCGUCGGCUACCCGGAUCACGUGCGCGCCCUGAGCAACCAACGGGAGAUCAAGGGACCCGCCAGGGUGACCGAGAGCUUUCCCGCCGGACCCGCCGCUCUGUCUUCCGUGUCCAUCGAGUUCGACAAGAACGGCCUGCUCUCGGUGCAUCCAGCGUUCAAGCUGCAAAGCAUCCAGGGCAGCCUCGGCUACGACGACAUAUUCGCCAACGACACCUUCCAGUUUGACAUAAACGCGCACGAUGUCAUGGUUUUCCUGCACAUACAGAAGACUGGUGGAACGCUAUUCGGCAAGCACUUGGUGCGAGACCUAGACCUGCAGAGACCGUGUUCGUGCCAACGACGACGCAAGCGUUGCUUCUGUUUCCGUCCAAAUCGUAACGAAAAUUGGUUGUUCUCACGAUACUCUACUGGGUGGAAGUGCGGUCUGCACGCGGACUGGACCGAGCUGACGGGUUGUGUAGAUAUGGAGCUCAAUAAGAUCGAGGGGGAAGGCAUUAAGCGCCGCUACUUUUACAUAACUAUCAUAAGGGAUCCCGUCGCGAGGUAUCUCUCCGAGUUCAGACACGUGCAGAGGGGUGCAACAUGGAGAGGUGCUCGCCACUGGUGCGGGGGCACUCAGGCGAACAUACCCCAAUGUUACAAUGGUCCCAGUUGGCAAGGAGUCACUUUAGAGCAGUUUAUGGCGUGUCCUUAUAAUCUGGGGAGUAAUCGCCAAACCAGAAUGCUGGCAGACUUGUCAAUAGUUGGCUGUUACAACUCCAGUCUCAGCAGCGCUGACAGAGAUCGUCUAAUGCUGGCCAGCGCGAAGCACAACUUGCAGUUUAUGCCUUUCUUCAUGCUGACUGAGUAUCAGAAGGUGGGGCAGUAUUCCUUCGAAGAAACGUUCGGGAUGCGAUUUGCGAUCGCCUUUGAGCAGCACAACGCUACACUCAGCGCAGCUACCAUGGCGAUGCUCAGCACGGAUCAAUUGGACGCCGUACGUAGACUGAACAGCCUGGAUCUGGAACUCUACGAGUUUGCCAAGAAUCUCGCCUUUCAAAGAUUUAAACGGCUUAGAGAUCGUGAUCCUUAUUUCGUACAACGAUUUCAACACCUCGGUGAAUUGCCUUCGAGGCAGAGCGCUACUGAAUUUAAUUGGGAUUCUGUCAUUGAGGAUACUACGGAUAACGAGUGACAUGUGAGUACGUUAUUAAGUAUAAUACCUACUGACGCUUCGCAUUCGACGACGAACGAAUAGCAUUAUCCGAGUAUCUCGGGGAAGCGCCCUUGAAACACGCGGAAUGCUUUAGGAGAUCACUGAAAACCGUAACUAUUUGCGUAAAAUUUACCAAAAGCACAGAAACGUAUUUGUACCAAGACCAAAGAGAGCUCCGAGAACCUUAGUGUGACGGACCUAGAUACUUUGUCAGCAAUUAGAGAAGUGUAAAAAUAAAAGUUAUGCAAUACUCGCAUAAAUCGUUUCUAUAAUUGAUGAAAUGUUCGUUUCAAACGAAGGUUCUUCCACAUAUGAGUAACAUAUCUUUGCUUAUAUUUAUGCAAAUAGUAAAGUAAAGUUACGAAUUCUUUACAUUAAUAACUUAUCCAUAAACGUGUUAUUGCCAUACGCGCCAAAUAAUAAUUUUCUUUAGAUUAAUUUGUAUACAUAUAUAUAUAUACAUACAUACAUAUAUAUAUAUAUAUAUAUAUAUAUAUAUAUAUAUACCACUUGAUUAAUUUAUAUUUUUUCUAUCAUAAAUAUUUGUUUCUCUAUUCAGUCUAUGAAUUUAUUUGAACAGUUUUAUCACAUGUUAAUGCAAUUAAAUCAUUCAUCUCAAUUAAAUAUAUUUAUUAUAUAGAGAAUAUUGAUAAUCUUAAUUAAAGAGAUAAAGAAAAGAUGACGCAUAUUGAAGGUAAAAUGAAAAUAUUAGUACGUUUAUAAGUUUACAAGGUUUUCAGAACAUUUUUGUAAAGUUUUUAUAUUUUCUUUCCUUGAGAGAAAUUAUAGAUUUGUUAAUCACUUUUCAUAUAUGAGUUAAUUUAAGUUAUUCAGGUAACGAGUAGAACUUAUUCCUAAUGUGAUGCGGUAAAUUGUUAUAUUAGGCUCAGAUAUCGAAAUAAGCACAGACUCUCUUUCUGUCUCUCUCUCUCUCUUCUCUAUAAUUAUUUAUAAAAAAUGACGUAUUAGAAAAAUUCUGUGACUUGGAAGGCAAACAUACUGAAUAAUUAUGAUAAUGAUUUCUUUUGUUUGAUAUAUUAAAUUAUUGAAAUUGUUAUUGAAAUUACAAUGUAUUCAGAUACAUAUACAGAUAACGCCACUAAUUAUUGCACAAAUAUUAUGCUAAAGAAGGAUAAAUGUAUUGUACUCCAUCAUCGAUUUUUUGAAAUUUAUAUAUUUAUUUAUAUAUAUUUUGAAAUUUAUAAAUUCAUAUAUUUUAUGUAUUUCGAAGUGCAAAAUCAGGGCGGUAUGUCGCAUAUUUAUCUAAAAUCGAAAUUACGUUCUACUAAAAGUAUAAAAAAAAAGAGAACGUGCAAGAUCUCAAAUUACUUUGUGCCCUUAUAUGUAAGACAGGACGCCAAGAAGUGUAAGAAUAGUAAUUCUUAACGAUAAUUCGUGAUUUGGUAGAUUUUAUUCGUUAUACAAGUUUUCAUAUCAGUAGCACGCGUAUCGUAUCUAAAGAAUGCGUAAAAUUCCAAAUUACUUUUGUAAAUAUAUCCGAAAGUAUACAUAUAUAUUUUUUAAUCAGAUUAUUUGCAGCGUAAUUGAGCUCGUAUUAGUUUAAAAAAAAACAAUUUAUAUAGUUUAGGUAGUAAAAGUACUAAUUAUAUAAUUAGCUAAUAAUUCUCUCGAUGUAUACGUACGAUCCCGAGAACAGUGUUCGAAAAUGGGAAGAUGGAAAGAAAGAAGUGCUUCUUUUUAUCGUUGAUUCGCACAUUGCUCGAAAGACAAUUGAUUAACGGUCCUACGUUUAAUUAAUCUAUAAAAUAUAGAAUGCAGCAUUGCCUCGUCGAUGCUGCUCAAUAUCAAUUUUGAUAUUAUUUUGUUCCAGAAGUGUUCAACAUUCACAGAUAAUUUAUACAUUGUAUUAUGCAAGUCCUCCUUACAAAUGUCUCAUAAUGUUAUCUAAGUUAUUUAAUCGCGCAAGCCUACGUAGUUUAAUUAAAUUAGACAAUAGUAUAGUGUGCGCCGAACCAUCCUGAAAUAAAAGUCAGUCAGUGCAGAAGUCAUCGUUAACAUGAUUAGCGCUAACGUAACAUGCAGCAAAAGUUGCAAGUGCAAUAAGAAGACUCAAUGGGUUACCAUUAUAAAUAAAUCAUAUCAUCCAGUCAUAAAUUAGACAUAGCAUAUAGCUGUUAGUUAUGUUGCUAAUGGUUAAAGCAAGGGCUCUCUUGACGACAUAAUCUCGAUGAUGGUCUUUCGAAUGAAUACAAUACACGUAAGUUACAAUAUAUAGGAAACGGAGUGCCAUAAAAAAAUUAUGUAAUUUAAAGGGAUUAACCGUUAAACAACGCUACAAUUCAAUAUAUAGCAGUUUCACUGUAAUGGCAAAUGUAAUGUAAGUUAAUGUAAAAUUUAUAUUGUUUCAAUCGAAUGACCUAUAUUUACAUAGCAUAAAUAUAUGUAUAACGCGUCAAAAUGCGUAACAUUGGUAUUAAUAUUAUUAUUUGAAAUUAAUAUUAAGGACCAAAGAUUUAAUAUGUUUCAGCAAGUAUUCUCGAAAAGCUUGCAGCACAAAGAAUUGUAAGAAACUUUUUAUACACAUCAUUAGACGAAGAGCUCAUUACGUCAGUGAUAAGCGCGAACGUUUGCUUCAAUGUAUGUUUCUUACUCGAUCAUCAUUUACAUAUUGCAAUUACUGGCGCACUUAAUUACUUGACUGUGAUUGGAUAAAGUAAAACACGUAUCAAUCUACUCAAUUGUGUGUAAAAUAGUUUACUAUUUAUCUGGUAAAUGCUUAGUUAAAAUUUUUCUGCGUCUAGUUUUCUGCGAUAAUAACAAUAUGGAAAUUAUUAAUUCAGUAUAAAAAUAAUAACUGAACUGUUCAAACGUUCACACGAUCGAUGACGUUGGAAAGGAUGCAAGUUUUCGAUAUGUUGUAAGAACGAUGAAGGAUUAGCUUUAAUGUUUAAUACAACAUUUGUAAGUAAGAGGACAAAGAACUAUGAGAAAAGAAUAGUUAAUGAAAUGCCAUGACACUAGCCUAAUAAAGUGAACAAUAGGCCUAAAGCCGUCGGUACCUUAUUUAAAGCACUGUAUAUACCAUACCAUUAGUUACGUAAGGGUCAAUAAAUCAUUAUAUAUAUAUACAAUACAAUGCAUACAGGUACAUAUAUAUAUAUAUAUAAUACAUUACACAAAUUGUACACACAUAUUUAUGAUUACAUUGCAUCUAUUAUUAUACAAUUAUACAAAGCUAUAUAUGUAUAUAUACUAUUAUUGUAAGAUAAACAAAAAUGGAUGGAAAUAGAACUGAUUCUAACUCA